AUGGAAAACAACCCGUCUGUGGAGCUAGCCAGACUCGUUGGUGUCGUCAUUGGAAUCUGCGGCCGCAAGAGGGCCCUGCUGCGGUCUCCUAAGCCGCCACGAGUUCUUGGAUGUAUGGUCAGCAGUCAUCGCGUCAGCCUUCCUCGCGAAGGUCAUACGCGAGUCAAGAUGUUCGCAAUCCUCAUGCCAGGGUACUUGUAUGCCUUGCCUCUCAAACGCUCAGCAAGUUACAAGGGCCAGGAACGCCAGACUGUCUCCACAACAGCAUUGUGGCCAGCGCUCGGCAUUCGAACAACAACUUUCCUACAAACCUAUAUCGAAGUCAGCCAUCUACACAAAGAGACUCAGCAGCCUCCUUCUCAUCUUCAACAAAGCCAUUUAUCUCGAGCUGUGGAAAGUCGACAAGGUCGACUUUCGCAACACAUCCCACAGAACAAUGACUCUUCCUCAAAAUAUUCUCCGAUACGGAAGAACGCUCACUCACCAACACCGUAUUUGCCCUCAAAAACCCCCAAUGGCGAUCAACCUUCGAAAGCUACUAAUGAGAAAAUACUCAUUGCUCAGAGGUUCAAGCUAGACUUGGAAGCUGCUCACGCCGACGAAGCGGCUUCGCAGUCUCUUAGCCCGCUAGGUCUUGUCCCAGGCUAUCCAGAUUCGAAGAGGCAUACUCAAACAAUAUCAAGGUCCUGCUGGCAGACUUGA